GCUGACCCAAAGUUUGCUUAACUCUAAAAACAAACAAAAAAAACAAUAUGCGAUGCGGUGCACCUUUAAAAAUGUGAAGUUCUAUAACGUUCACCAGUUCCACUACUGCAAGCCUGGCUAGGUUUGCAGGGAAUUAUUUGAAAAUGUAUCGGUCUGAGUUAAUAACGACGCCCCUGUAGUGAAUGAAGAAGAGGGUUUUAAGUUCAUCCUGUUGAACAUAUAUAUAUAAUUUUUUUUUGACCGUCUCUUCUCUGUUCUUACUCCCCCUGCUUUGAUGGCUUGUAAUCUGGUUUAGUACUCAAGAGCAUCCACUAUAAACAGAACUGAUAUUCCAAGUCAACUCUUGGGGUUUUAAUGAACAGCCCGGUGAAUAUGGAGCAAAAGAGGACAAGGGUUUCUAUGGCUUGCGAGCUUUGCCGUUCGAAAAAGCUGAAGUGUGAUGGUGGAGAGCCAUCGUGUUCAAGAUGCUUACACUUUGGUGUCCGAUGUAACUAUACAGAGAUUCCAAAGAAGAACGGUGUUUCACGCAAACAAGCCAAGCCAAGAAAGAAGAGGAAAGUCCAAAAGAAGCCAGCUAAGACCGAUGUUACGGAUUUGGAUACUCGAAUGCGCAGGUUGGAAACGCUCAUGACGUCCAUCUUGGAAAAGAUGGAUCCUGAGGCUGCUCAUGACCACAGUGAAACGCAAUCCGAUGAGUCGACUCCAGCUUCCACUGUAUCCUUCUCAGAUAGCUACUACGAAAGUGUUGGUAAGAUUGGUGAUACAAGCCCAAGGAAGAUGCACAUCAACAAGUACUGGGGUCCCCAAAAUACCUUCUCUUUGCUGAGUUCACGCGGUAUACAACGGUUGUCUAAGCUUAGUGGUGAUCCUAAUCUAUUGGAACAGUUCGAGAACCUCCACCACAAAAUAACUGGGGUCUUUCUAAUGACCAACAACAUGUGGUUAGACCCCGUGGAGAAGUCGCAACUGAGACCUCUCCCGGACAGAGAUACUUCACAUGCUCUCAUUGAUAGAGUGUUCUCUGAAUUUCUGUUUGUAUCCUUGUUCUUGAAGAAACCUGAGGUUCAACAGUUGUUCGAUAGAUACUACAGAAUGGUUGAGAAUCCUGGCCUUUAUGGCGAGAAGAAGCUGUCCAACUCUGACUUGUUAACCAUGAACGUUCUCUUAUCCAUCGGCGCAAUCUUGUUCAUGACUGUUGAGAAUAAGCCAGAUAGUCCAGAGAACCGUCGCUUGCAAACCUUACAAUUGAAUCACAUCCAGAAUGCCAUAUACUAUUUCCAUCGUGUUUCUGUUAUAAGUGAAGGGAUCAGAACAAUACAGGCGUUCAUAUUCCUGACUGUGUAUUCUGAGUUCAUCAGAGGGUUCCCACAGUCCUACAUCUUAGUUUCCACUUUGGUGAGAUUUGCACAGGAGAUGGGUCUUCAUAGAUCCGAAUCUUAUGUUGGCCUAUCCCCUGAAGAAGCAGCCAUGAGACGCCGCAUCUGGCUCUGCGUGUUCAUGUUUGACCGUGAUUGUUGUUUCAAAACUGGUAAGCCAUUCAUCAUCCAUCAGGAGGAUGUGUCAUCAGUUUUACCUGAACAGUUUAAAGAUGCAAUCUUUGAAGGCUUUCCACGCGACGUUGUCAAUGAGAUCUUUUCUCCAGGCUACGAUCUCGUUGGUGCUCUCUCAUGUAUGACAACAGAGGAGUAUUGUGUUAAUCCACAUAGAUUGCUAUUCGCUUAUUUCCACUGUCACGUUGUGAACUUCAUUUCCUUUGCGUAUUCUGAAUUGUACAGUGCUACAAGCUUGAAGAAUCUCUCCGUGGAUGAUGUCAUGUGGAAGAUUGAUCGUCUUAACGACAAAUUGGACAGACUAAUCAAAUACAUACCACAGUGUGUGAACCCCAACCUGGAUUUCUCCUCCAUAAAGGAUCCUUUGAUUAAACGGGAAAUCAGACUGGCCCAUAUGCAGUACUAUUCGUGUGUGAUUCUGGUAAACAAACUGGCAUUCACCAAGAGUUGGCUGGCAGAAGAUGCUGAAUUUGCCCAUCAGCCAUCGGAACUCCAAAGCAAACUGAUUACGAAGUGUCUUAAUGCAGCCAGAAUCCUCAUGGCAUAUGUCAGAGAUGACGACCACCUCAAUCCUCUUUCUUCCAACCACGCCUCUUUCCACUUCUUGUCUGCAUUCUUUACACUGUUCACAGCAAUCAUUGAAUACCCUUCCUCACCACACGUGAAAGAUGAUCUGGAAUUGAUAUCUACUGUGAAGGCGGAUCUGUUGUCGAAGCAUGCGGUCCAUUGUUUGAACACUGGUGAUACCAUAACGUACAACGUUAUUAACUAUUGUGUCCGUGUUUUCAUUCGUAUUGCCCUGCUGGUCUAUAACAAGGCUAAUAACACUAACAUUGAUCUAACAAAUUUGGACAAUGAACUGAGACACUUUGACAACACGUUGGAAAAGAUCACGAAGAGUAUAACCAAGAAUGGUCGCAUCGCCAACAACCAAGAAACACCAGAAAUGAAUCCAAGUAUGUUUGUGCCCGCCCCAGUGGAGUCGCCAUGCCAGUUCGCAGAGAUGAAUCAAGGUUCACUAAACAAGUCUUCACUGUUUCCACAACAGGACCUACAAGCACAGCCUAUGUACGAAGAUGGUAUCAAUUGUGGAUCCAAUGGCGGGUCUGAUAUCGAUUCACCAUUUCUGCAAGAUUUGUUCACCAACGGCGAGUUUUCUCUACAAAGUCACCUGUUGAAUCAGUACACGAUGGCUGAUUUUGAAGCAGAGAAGAACUCCACGGUAUUGCAACAUAUGUUUGCCAUUCCAAACGUGUUUCUAAAUACCAAUGAUCUUGACACUUUUAAUCACAUCGAUUUGGAGAAUCGGAAUGUCCAGCCUUAAUGACCCCAUUUCACUCUACAUUUUCUCCUAUAUUCUUUUCUUUUGCUGUUUAUGUUAUAUCUGUAUGAGUUCAUGUCCCUUAUGCCCUUUAACGAGUGAUAUCUUUGAUGUUUCAAUCCGGUGACGUUAUAUUCAUUCACUUUUGUAUCUAUAAAUUGGUGAUGCACUAUAUUUUACACCCAUGACUAG